AAGACUUUGGAAUGCGCGGGAAAUAGAGUUUGUUUACUUUCUUGGAUAAUGACAAACUACUAAUGGCUUUCCAAAACGCGUUUUUGAAGUCGUUACUUCCGAAACUCGGAAUAGAAGACGAUAAAGUUCUUAAGAAGGCUUCAGAGCUGCAGCGCAUACUAGACUUGAAAAUAUCAUCUGGAGGUGCCAAAAAUUUAAAACUAAGUGAAAGUGCAAAGGCAGUGAUGUGUGCUGAUCUAGCAGCUGUACAUUUUGGCAUAACUUGUGAAAGGGAUGACUUUGUAAGAAUUUCUGGAAUGAAGAAUAGAUUAUACAUAACAAAUCGCAGCAUAAUAGAAAAGCUUGUAGGAAUGGAGGAGACACUAGAUGUGAAUAAAAUUUGUGUACAACUUGGCAUUUCUGAAAUAAGCAACUUUGCUCAGACAAUUUUGGAUCAAUAUUUGGAACAAAAUGCUAUUGCAGACAAAAAUGACAAGAUGUACGGUAUAAUUGCAGUAUAUGUAGCUUGCAGGGAAAGAAAAGUAAAGCUUCAGAUGCGUAAAUUCAUGGAAAUGUGUAAUCUAAAAAAAAGUGGGUUUGUUAAGUUAGUUGCUGAUUUUGACAAAUCUAUUGCAUCUAUGAGAAGACAAAAAGAAGAACCUGCAGAACAUGCACCAUUAUCAAAAGAAGUCAAUCUGAAUGAUUUGCAGAAAGCAGUGAAAAGAAGAAGUCAGUCACCUCCAAAAGAGGAGGAAAGCUAUUCUGACUGGAAGAGAAGAAUGCUGCAGGAAAUAAACGAAUCAUCAGAAGACUGCUGAUGUGUUCAUAGGAAGAACAAGGAAGAUUAACAUAUUGUCAGUUGCUUGUUUGUGUUCAGAAAGAUCUCAUCCCACUCUUACUUGAAAAGUUUAGGGACCUCCAACACUUGACACAGUUUUGCAGCCCAGCAGCAAGGGCUUGCUACAUGAAAACAGCCAUUUUAUGAGACGAAAAAAAUCAAAGAGCAAGUGUCAGAAAAAAGCAAAGUAUUCGGUGCAGCAGUGACAACUAAAGACUUCGCCUUAAAUGUAUUAUUUCAGUGUCACAUAUCUGACUGUUGUUUCUGAUAAUAGUGUGUAGUAAAAUCUGAAAAUUAGA